UGUAUACGACGUACUUCUUCUGAUUACUGAUAACAACUUGCGAUAUUCUUUUACAAACUUCUUGUACGUACGUAUAACCCUUUGCCUGCGUGUAUAUUCUCAUUCUUCGUUCUAAAUUGAAUCCUAGAUUUUCGCUAAAACAUCGAUCAUGUCCCUCACAGCCAAAUCUAUUACAACUAGUGACUUUUUGCCUAGCCUCGAUGUCAAGCCUUCCCGCAGGUUUCAAGUCCGUAUAUCCUUAAUUUCUUCUUCAAACUAUGCGACUUUCAAUAAUUCAGAUCAAAGCGUUUGCUGGGGCAAAACUAGAAACACUCGAAAGGAUGAGAAAAGUACGAGGAGAUUUCAUGUAUGCAACGUAGUUCAACCCGGAGCUCCGCCGCCAUCUGAGCCUCCUUUCAACUUCAUAAGUUGGAUUUUGGGAGUUGCAAUAACAGUAGUUCUACCCUUCUUCAGUGGAAAAUGGGCCUCUCUUCUCAAACUCAAAAAUGAAGUAGAGACGGCAGUGGAGACGGUAGAAGAAAUAGUGGAGGCGGUGGAGAAGGUGGCAGAGGGGGUGGAAAAAGUGGCCGAGGACAUCGCCGACGACCUCCCAGAAGGUGGAAGACUCAGAAAAGCCGUGGAUUUUGUUGAAAGUGUGGCUGAAAGAGCAUCCAAGGACGCUCAUCUAGUCGGCGAUUUUAUCGACAAGGUAUAUUAAUUUAUAUUUAUAUAUUUAGCUAAUUAAUUAAAUUAAAUACUUCACUCCUCAUAUAGUACAAAUUACAUUACUUAGAUAUUGAUUCAAAAUUGAUAAUUAUAUUAACUUGAAAUAUAUAUAUAUAUAUAUAUAUUUAUUUGUAAU